AUGGACCUAGUUCCCGGCCUCCGCAUCCAGCUCAGUGACGGGCGCACCGGCACCGUACGCUUCGUCGGGCACACCGCCUUCGCCCCCGACGAAUGGGUCGGCGUUGAGCUCGACGAGCCGACCGGGAAAAACGACGGCAGCGUGCACGGCGACCGCUACUUCGACUGCGAGAUGGGAUACGGCAUGUUCGUAAGGCCGAAUAAAGUCGCUCCGUUGGUUGAUGAGCCGGCGCCGCCACAGCAAGUGACAAGACCGCCGUCACGGCCGGCAAUGGAGAAAGCGGGGAGGAAGCCGGGCAGUCGGCCGAGUAGUUUAUCCAGUUCGACGAUGGGGAAACCGCCUCCUCCAGAUCCGAACUUGGCAAAGAGAAUGUCGCUUAACGCUCCGAGUCCGAGUCCAGGACAACGUCCUUCGACGAAUCGCCCACCGAGCGGGAUCACGUCGCCGACAAAACAACUCGCAGGCACAGCCCCCUCCAGCAGAGUCCCCUCCCGCUCGACGACCCCCGCAAGCGGAAGCGGAUUGGCAAAACCUGGUGCGUCGAGCGCAAUGGGCGGCGGCAUGCGACCCAGACCUCCGUCAACAAGUUCAAGAACAAUGCCGCCCCCGCCGAUACCCACUGCUAAACAACCCACGCGCGCGGCAUCAGGACCGGCGAGUACAGCUCCCACGAGGACGUCAAGUGGCGGGGGAAACAAGCUAGCUGCGCCGAAGCCGGGAAUCAGGGCCCCGGCUAGACAUGCAACCUCCCCAUCGCAGCAGUCUCUGUCCGGAUCGGAGACUACCGCGAGGAAGUUGACCCGCGGAGGAGGGGCCAGUAGUGGGGAUGAGCAGAGGUCACAAGCAACAAAGUUAAGUAGUGAUGAUGACGAGAGUUCGGUGCCGGUCAGUCCGGUGCAGACGAGGGCUGCUACGCUGGAGAAAUUGUCGGUUGGAGGGGUUGAGAAGGGGGGACAAGGCAAGGCGCCUUCGGCGGGACGACCUUCGGCUGGACCGUCGCCUGCGCCGAGUAUCACGGCUGCGCAAGCGCAGGCGUAUCAGAAGGAGAUUGAAGAUUUGAAAGCCAAGCUGAAGGUGUUGGAGAAGAAGAGGAUGGAGGAUAGGGAGAAGCUGAACAGUCUUGAGAAAGUGAAGGGCGAACGAGACAAGUUUGAACGGAUCAUCCAAACGCUGCAGAUCAAGUACCAGCCGCAGCAGGCGGAGAUUGCCGAAUUGCGAAGGCAGCUCAAGGAGGCGGAAAUGCGGCUGCACAACGUGGAGGAGAUGCAAGCGGAGCACGAGACGGCGAUGGAGCUGGCGACGUUGGACAGGGAAAUGGCGGAGGAAAUGGCGGAGAUGUACAAGACGGAGCUAGAGGCGCUGAAGCAGAAGACGGAGGAGCUGGAGCUGGAGGUGGAGAUCUUAAGGGAGGAGAAUGCUGAGUUGACGAAGGGCACGUCGCCCGAGGAGAGGCAGUCGGCGAGUUGGCUGCAGCUGGAGAAAACCAAUGAGAGGUUGAGGGAGGCGUUGAUUCGGCUGAGGGAUUUGAGCCAGGAGCAGGAGGACGAGCUGAGGGCGCAGAUCAGGAGUAUGGAGGAGGAUCUGAGAGAGUACGAGGCGGUUAAGGAGCAGUAUGCUGUGUGCAAGGAGUCGUUGGCACGGAGUGAGGCUGCGGUUGAGGACCUGCGCGAGCAGCUUAACAAUGCCCUCGGCGCGGAGGAGCUGAUCGAGAGUCUGACGGAGCAAAACAUGAACCAGGCGGAAGAGAUCAAGGAGCUCCGCGCCAUCAUCGACGACCUCGAGGCCCUCAAAGAAAUCAACGACGAGCUCGAAAUCAACCACAUCCAGAACGAGAAGGAAAUGCAGGAAGAAAUUGAGCUCAAGGACGCUAUCAUCGUCGAGCAAGCCCGGCAGGCCGCCCAGCAAAAAGAGGCCAUGGAAGACAUGGAGUAUACGCUGUCUCGCUUCCGCGAGCUGGUCACCUCCCUGCAGUCCGACCUUGAAGACAUGCGCGCCUCGCACGCCGUGACGGAACAUGAGUCCGAGCAGCUCGCCUCCCGCUCGCGCGCCAUGAUGGACCUCAACAUGAAACUGCAAAUCUCGGCCGCCAAAGCCCAAGCCAAAGCCAUCGACCUCGAGCUCCGCCGCAUGGAGGCCCAGGAGGCCGAGCAGCACCUCGAUAUUGUUAAGCUCUUCUUGCCAGACUCCUUCCAAUCUGACCGCGACUCUGUCCUGGCUCUCCUCCGCUUCAAGCGUCUCUCCUUCAAGGCCAAUCUCGUCGCUGGCUUCCUGCGCGAGCGCGUCAACUCGUUCGACUCGCCCGGCCACGAGGACGAUGUCUUUGACGGCUGUGCCGCCAUCGACCGCUUGACCUGGGUCGCGUGCAUGUGCGACCGGUUUGUUGCUGCCAUCUCGCGCUGCGAUCUGGAGCAAUUUGCUCGCUACGAGGGCGCGCUGUAUGAGCUGGAGCCCGUCGAGCGCGCGCUGAACGCGUGGAUCGAUGGCUUGAGGAGAGACGAUCUGAAGGAGAAGGCUUGCGCGGACGAGUUAACCCGCACCAUGGCGCUGAUGUCGCACUUGGGCGAGGUUCACUUUGCAGGCGAUCUGCAGACCUUCGCGGACGACGUGCACAUGCGUGCGCUGCUCAUGCAAGCGCAGCUCGAGUCUGCGGCGGUCGCCCUCAACGCGGUCAAGUCCAUGGUGCAGCGGGCAGUGCAGGUCGACGAGACCAACGAUGAGGAGGGCGUUCUCGCGUCCCAGUUCGCGAAGCGCGUCGACGCCGCCGUGACCCAAACCCGCUCCGCCAAAGUCAUCGCCCAGAAGACGGUGCGCGCGCUCGAGGAUUUACGGGCCCGCAAUUUGUCGCUCACCCCGGACUCCCUUGAUGCCUUUGAGCAGGCCGAGUCUAAUGCUGCCCAGCUGGCGGACAUGUCCCGCCGGAUUGGGGCGGAUCUGCAUAAAUUCCUGCAUGACGUCGACGCGCCGGCGGAUUUUAAGGCGACGUAUGUCGCGGUGCAGAAUACCAUCGCGCGCACACUCGACACCUCCGACUCUGACCCGCUCUCCUCCUAUAUGACAACACUGCGCGUCCUGACGGGGCAGAUUACCGACUUAUCAGCCCUCGCCACCGAUUUGUCUCAUACGGCCGAAUUCGACCCAUCUCCUACGCCCUGGUCCCUCCGGGCAGCGGAACUCCGUGCAGCCGCUACGGCCCCCGCUGACGCCGAGGCUCAACAAGCCCGCCUACGCGAGGAACUGGGGGCGCUCCGCAGACAGUUGGCGAUCAGAGAGGAGGAUUUGUCAACUGCUGUGGUCAAGAUUGAGACGCUGGAGGCCAGAGCCAGGGAUGCCGCGGCUAGGGCAGUGAAGGCUAAAGAAGUGGAAUUGGAGCUUGAGAAAGUGAGGGGGGAGUUGGCGCAGACGGCGGAGGUUGUGGCGACGUUGGAGAGGGAGGUGAAGGUGCUGGAGGGGGAGAGGGAUAAGUGGAAGGCUGCGGCCGCGACGGCUGGGACGGCUAGGGCGGUUGCUGCGGGGGCGGCUAGUAAGGAGCAGCAGGUUGUUAGUGCUGCUGCUGUUAAGGAGCUGGAGAAGCUGAGAAGGGAUGUGGAGGGUCUCCAGGCGGCGGUACGCUUCCUGCGCGAGGAGAAUAGACGCGUCAGGGGGAGAGAGUGUGCCGGCAUGGCGUGGCUUGCUGAGCCGCUUAGCAAACCCUCCUCUUCAUCUACCAAGCUUGUGUCGGCCGAGCUGGCGGGUGAGGGGCGUGCGGUGUUAGGCGAGCUUAUUAACCUUGCCACGAGGGCCAAGAUCCCUGACCUUUCUGCGAUGUCUGCCCGCCGCGGCGCUGCCGAAGGGGCGGAGGGCAAGGAGAAGGAGAAGGAGAAGGCCAAGAUCGCUACCUGGCGUCCCGCCAACACAACUCCCUCCUACCAACUUGCGCGCGCGAAAGAGGAGUGGGCGGUCUGGCGCGAGUGGGAAAGGGAUGUCUUGCGCAGGGGAAGGGAGUUGGUUGCUUUCGAACAGAGGAAAAAAGAGUUGGUUGGGUCGUUGGGCGGCGAGCGGGGUACUAAGGGUGACAGAGAAAGGAGGAGGGGGGUUGCGAGGUUGCAGAUUAGGCUGCCCCCUGUUGGGGGAGCAAAGCAAGUGGGGAGGGAAGUGAGGAUUUGGGAGGUUGAGGGGGGCCAGGAGUGGGAGGGGUUGGUUGCUGGGGCGAGGGUAGGGUUGUAG